AUGAGCGUCCUUCUAGAACCAAGCCUUCGCUUGAGCGAGAAAGCACUCGAUACCGUUGUCAAGACUGAGCCCGUGCCCAUCGUCUUGAUGGACUCGUCAAAGCCCAACAAGAAGCCAAAGAAGGAGAUCCGCACAGCAACAGGCUUCGAUAACGACGACGAGGCAUUCUGCUGCGGUGGAGGCGGGAGCGGCGGCGGCUUCCGGAGCUGCUUUGGUGGUGGACGCAAGAAGUAA